AUGAGUCAGUCGGAAAAAUCACAGAUUGACUGCCUUCACUUCCCUGAUUGUCUGCCACCUCCAACGCGGUCCUCAUCAGAGAGGAAAGAACCUCCCCCUUUAUGGAGAAAGUGUCUCGCCGAAGUGUUCGGGACGGCCGUCUUGUUGGCCUUCGGUUCGGGUGUCGUCGCCCAAGUGAACGUCUGUGGUCUCGGCAACUACCUCUGCAUAGCUAUCGGCUGGGCCCUCGGUGUUACCUUUGGGGCCUUAGCCAGCUUCAGAAUAUCUGGUGCCCAUCUCAAUCCAGCAGUCUCACUCGCCUCCUGUGUGUACAAGCAAAUGCCUUGGAAGGAGCUUCUCCCCUACGUCGUCUCCCAAGUAGUGGGAGCCUUUAUCGGUGCUUGCAUAACCUACUUGUGUUACUACCAAGAUUUCGAAGUACAAGAUUUGUCUAAUGCUGGGGUAUUCGCAACAUAUCCUAGAGAAGGCAAUAACGCCUUCAACUCCUUCGUAAAUGAGGUAGUGGGCAGUGCCCUGUUAACGGCUGCUAUCGCUGCUAUAACCGAUGCACAAGACGAGACCCCUGCUAAUCGUUUCAUCGUUGCUGGGUUUGUUGGUCUCGUCGUUCUGGUCAUCGGUUUGAGCUUCGGAGUAAACACCGGCUAUGCUAUAAAUCCAGCGAGAGAUUUCGGCCCGAGAUUGUUCAGUGCUUUGGCUGGAUGGGGCUCUCAAGUCUUCACAGCCGACAACUACUAUUUCUGGGUUCCCAUUGUAGGUCCUCUGGUCGGAGGGACUCUGGGCAUGGGUAUCCAAAGGCUUAUCUUGUGGUAGUUGCUGAGUACCGUUGUGUGCUCCAACUGGAAGGACUUACUUCACAGACGAAGGCUUGUUGGUAGCAAUAGUAUGUUCAUUUUUAUGAAGAAGGUGUUAUCGAGACUGUUCUUAUCAACAGAGGUUCCCUUCCUUAAUAGUAACAUUUACCAUUCUACUAUUCCCGUCUGUUGAGUGGCCUAUGCCCUAUAACUUA